AUGCGAGCUUCUCCUCAUCGCCAAACCAUUGCCAAGCUGUUCAACGACGGCAUCUCCACCGGUGACAUCGCUCGAAGACUUCUUCUUCCGAGAGCAACUGUCUAUCGAGUUGUGCAACAAUUGAAAGAUCGAGGACAUGUGUUGGAGCUUAAGAAAAGCGGAAGACCUCGUACUGUCAACACUCGCCGGACUCGUGGCAUCAUCAAGAAGAGAAUCACACGAAAUGAUGCGGUCAGCAUGAACCAAAUGGCUUCAUCGCUCGGAAUCUCAAGACAAUCGGUUCAAUCCAUUGUGAAAAAGGACUUGGGUCUGAACAGUUAUCGGCUCCUUCGUGGCCAAUACCUCACAGAACAGUCCAAGAAGAAUCGGCUCGAAAAAGCGAAAAAGUUGCUCGACGCACUCAAGGACGAAGCAAAGUCCCCAAAACGUCGUCUGGCCUACAAGAGACUUUUUCCAAAGUCAGUGAUGGUGUGGGCUGGAUUGACGUCGGAAGGUAAAGUCCCAUUGGUUUUCAUUGAUAGAAAUGUGAAAAUCAACUCGGAUGUGUACCAAAAGUUGGUGUUGAUGGAUGUUUUACGUCCGUGGGUCACUAGCCACUUUGGCCAGCAACCCUUCAUUCUUCAACAAGAUUGGGCCCCGUCCCAUGGCUCGAAAUCUACGAAAGCUGUUCUCGACGCUCAUUUCCCUGGCUACUGGGGCAAGGACAUGUGGCCCGCUUCCUCGCCCGAUCUGAAUCCACUCGACUUUUCCGUUUGGGGAUAUUUGGAGGAAAAGGUGAUGGCUCGAUCGCACCCAAAUGUGGAUUCACUGAAGGCCGCUUUGCUCAAAGCAUGGGAUGAUCUUGACGAUGACUACCUCCGGCGCACCGUCGCUUCUGUUCCAGCUCGUUUGAAGGCGUGCAUCAAGGCCGAAGGCUCAAACUUCGAAUAUCUCCUCUGA